AGGGUGGUACUGAGUGUUUGACACAAUUCUGACUGUUGAGAAACUAAAAAAAAAAGGAGGGCGGAAGCAUGAGAAGCAGUCAGUGUUGUUCCUCUUUCGUCAUUGGUUAGCCCGACUUGCACCCUCCUUCUCAUAAACGCGCUGCUUCCAGAGACCGUGGCAGAUAAUCGCAGGCCACCGUGGAAGGGAGACUCUCUUUCCCACACUGGGAUGCUUUUUCCUCCACUCGACAAAGAGCCCAACCACAUUCCGGACACGUUUCCAGCUUUGCGCAGAUUUCGAGAUGACCGGCGUUUUUGAGAACCUCAGCACUGAUAUGCACUCCAACCAGAUGACCUCCACUAACUACCACAGCUUGCACAAGUCGCAGGAGUCCCCCACCUUGCCGGUGUCCACGGCCACGGACAGUAGCUAUUACAACAGCCCCCAGCACGGACAUUCGUGCGGCGGAUCGCCCUUUGCGCAGCUCGGUUCCUUCCAGUACCACGGAAGCGGGCCCGGCGCGGGACCGUACAACCCCAAAUCUUACGAUAUGGCGGCCUUCAACUCGUCUUACGGCACGUAUGGCAGUUUUGGACCCAACUCCUCACCCACUCCCGCCGAGACCGAAAAAGAAGAGAGCGAGCCAGAAAUCAGGAUGGUGAAUGGAAAACCAAAGAAGGUCAGAAAACCUCGAACCAUUUAUUCCAGCUUCCAACUGGCCGCGCUCCAGAGGCGCUUCCAAAAAACGCAGUACUUGGCGCUGCCCGAGCGCGCCGAGUUGGCUGCCUCCCUGGGCCUCACGCAGACACAGGUGAAAAUCUGGUUCCAGAACCGGCGCUCCAAGUUCAAGAAGCUGUGGAAAAACGGCGAAAUCGCCCCCGAGCACCACGUCCCCACCAGCGAGUCGCCCCCGUGCACGUCCCCGCCUAACGCGUGGGACUUUCCACAGACUCAAGGCAUGAGUAGCUCCACGUUACCUCCGAACUGCAGCAGCCCCCCCAACAGCAGCAGCAGCAACGGCAGCAGCGCGCCCUCAUCUUCCUCCUCCUCUUCGUCGUCCACUUCUUUUUUGGCCAACUACUCGUGGUACUCCAACACGAACUCGAUGAGCCACCUGCAGCCACCUAUGCUCCACCACAACCCGGCCAUCACUGCCGGGACGAUUUUCUGAACAAAGAAAAAAAGCGAUUUUUUUUUUCAAAGGGGACUGUGGUGAUGAAAAACAUACGUGUAGGCUACAUUCAUUUUUUGAACUGGGUCCUACUUUUACGCGCGGAAGCAUCGCAAAACUGUGGACGUUUGCCUGCCGUUCGUACACACAGACCCAUAAUUUGACAAUUAUUUUUCUAUUUAUUUAUUCAGUUUAUGUCCAGGAAUGAAUGAAUGAACCACUAUUAUGCUGGAUUGUUUUUUUUUUUUUUGACAGCUAUUUGUUUUUCAUUUGUCCAAAUUCAAACCUUGCCCGUCAGUGAUGUAGCACAUGUUAACUGUAUUGUGCCUUUUUCUACUUGACCUCAUCAUUAUCUUGUGUAAUAUACAGCUCUGGGGGUGGGGUCGGGUGGGGGGAGUAAAAGACCAAAUAACACAAACAUCUUUUUGGACCUGUUGACAUUUUCUACAAAGAAAGGCUCUGAAUGUUAGGAAGAGGAAUCUGCAGUGUAUAAAAUCAAAUCAAAUUGCUAAUUUCACUCACACGUGUGCAGGAAAAUUUGAAAAACUGAAAAUCUUGCAGCGGUCCCUUAUCCCCCCACGCCCCUCCACAGCUGUAUACUGAAAAUAAAUUUUAGCUCAUGACAUUUAUUUUUUUAAAGGCGAUUGGUGCAAAAAUCAUUUUACCACCGCAAGCUACUGAUUGCGUCUGAUUGACUUGUAUCACACUCAAUUGUGUUUUGUGUUAUUUAUUUUUGUUAUUUGUUUUUAUAUUACAGUGCUCCAUAUGGUUAUUUAAAUAAACACGUUUACUGUGAA